CACGGUCGUCACGUCAUAAUGUAAACCUUAACAUACGUCUCAAUGGGAAAAAUACAAAUUAUAUUGAGACAUGGAGAAAAAAAAUAUUUGUGACAAAUUACACGUUGAAAAUAUGAUAAAGAAUCACUAAAUCAGCUCGAUGAGACGGAUCGAGGCAGACGGAAAAUGCUUGUAGAGGUGGAUUCUGCAACCUACAAUCAGCGAGAUAACCUUCUGUACGAAGAAAGGCGAGAAAUCUUGUCACUCCACGAGCCCAGAGAAGCCGGGUAACCAGUCGUUCGGUGCAAUGAGCGGCGAAUAUUCACUGGCUCAGCAAAGCUGGUCGAAAUGGCUGAUCGCCUUGUUGAUCGGAUUCCCGACGAUCGGCUGCGCAUAUUAUUACUACAGCUCUAAAAGUGGUAAGACGAAGAAAAAGGAAGAAGUCGCCCCUCAGUCCGGGGACGCAUUGAAGCAAGAACUGCCCAAAAACAACCACUCUACAGUUACCACUGCAAAUGGACCUUUGGACCAAGCAUUACAUCUUAAGGAGCAUGGAAAUAAGUUUUACAAAGAGGGAAAGUACAAAGAGGCUGUCAAAUGCUAUAGUGAGGCAAUCGAUCUUUGCCCCGUUACAGAAAAGGACAAUUUGUCAGCUCUUUACCAGAACAGGGCUGCUGCAUAUGAUGCUUUGAGUAACCUUGAUGAAGUCAUUAAGAACUGUACAGAAGCUAUCAAGCUUAAGCCAACAUACUUGAAAGCUUUGAACCGCCGGUACAAAGCAUGCGAGAAGAAAGGACAGCUUUGGCAGGCGCUCGAGGACAUCACUUCAUGCUGUUAUCUCCAAAGGUUUUCAAACGAAGACGAUAUUUCAACUGCUGACAGAAUUUUAAAGAAAUAUGGACAAGAAGAGGCUAAAAAGUAUGUUAAAAACAAGCCAACUGUCAUGCCUUCUAAAGAGUUCAUAAACCACUACCUUGCCUCAUUUGCCAAUGACCCUUUAAAAGACUUUUUAAGUGAAGUUGAUGACACUGAAAAUAAUUUGAAUGGCAUCUGUUUAGCCAAGAAGGCAUUGAAGUUGGGCAAUUAUGAAGAUGUGUUGAAAGGAUGUACUGAAGAGAUAAACUUAGUCAGAGAAACUUCAGCCCCUCCUUCAAGAAAAUAUUAUGAAGCACUUUUACUUAGAGGUAUGAUGAAUGUGCUGAUAAACGAAUCAGUUCGCGCGAAGGCUGAUCUGGAUAAUGUUAUUGACUCUCCGGAUGCAGAUGUUACUUUAGUAGUCAGUGCUCUUUUGAAAAGAGCGAGUCUCCACAUGCAGUCAGUAGACAUAGAUGAAGCUUUUGAAGAUUUUGAUCGCGCAGAAAAGUUGCUUCCAAACAAUUCGGACAUUUAUCAUCUGAAAGCGCAAAUGCUCCUGCUUAGUGAAAAAACUGAAGAGGCGAUUUUAGAAUUUGAAAAGGCUCACAGUUUAAGCCCAGAUUUCACGCUAAUCCAAAUUCAAAAGUACUUCACAGAAUUUAAAAUCAACAUUGAAAAGCAGGAUAAGAAAAAGGCAAACGCUGCUAAACUAGCACUGAAGCAGAUAGUACAUGAUCAUCCUGAUUUAGUAGAAGGACAUUUACUUUUAGCCCAGAUUUACAAUGAACUUCAAGAGUUUGAAGCUUCGGAAGUACUUAUGAACACAGCAAUCAGUUCAGAUCCUACAAAUUCUAGCAUUCUCGUUCAUAGAGGUCUUCUUUACCUCCAGUGGAAAGGAGAUGUGGAAGGUGCAGUAAAAGAAAUGCAGAAGGCAAUCGAAAUUGAUCCCAAGUGUGGAUUUGCAUACGAGACUUUAGCAUCUGUAGAAGUACAAAGGGGGAAUAUACUGACAGCGAUAUCUUUGUUUGAUAAAGCUCUUCCAUUGACCAAGACCAUGAAAGAAGCUGCCCACAUACUUUCUUUAAAAAUAGCAGCCCAAACCCAGCACUCCGUCUCAAACAAAAUUGGUUCAUUCCUUAUGAUGUAGUGUCUUGUACAUAGUAGUUUUCUUACAUAAAAAUAAACACUAAUUUUUCUUUUAUC